AGAAUUUUUUAUUUAAUACAUUAAAACGAAUACAUAAUUACACAUGAAUCACAACUUUAAUUUAUAGCAAAGACUGUCUCUCUCUCUCUCUCUCUCUCUCUCUCUAAAUGCGUGUGUAUAAUAUGUAUUAUAUAUUCCGGAAAAUGAGUCCGCCAGCAGGUCUCUAAUCCAACCAUGGGAGAAGAGCAGGCAAGACCGCCGGUAGCCUCCUCCGCCAUAGAAACCGCCAACAACUCCGGCACCACAGCCCAUAACCUCCCCGUCACCACCGCUCCCGUCGCCGCCCAUGACCAUAAAAAGAAGCUCACUCUCAUCCCUCUCAUCUUUCUUAUCUACUUUGAGGUCGCCGGCGGCCCGUUCGGAGAGGAGCCCGCAGUGCGCGCCGCCGGCCCCCUCUUUGCGAUCCUUGGAUUCCUAAUUUUCCCUUUCAUCUGGAGCGUUCCGGAGGCUCUCAUCACGGCCGAGCUCUCUACAGCCUUCCCCGGCAACGGCGGGUUCGUCAUCUGGGCCGCCAAAGCCUUCGGCCCCUUCUGGGGCUCCCUCAUGGGCUCCCUCAAAUACCUCAGCGGCGUCAUCAACGUCGCCGCCUUUCCCAUCCUCUGCAUCAACUACCUCGAAAAACUCUUCCCCAUCUUCGCCGGUGGCCUCGCCCGCACCCUCGCCCUUCUCAUCUCCACCCUCGCACUGUCCUUCCUCAACUACACCGGCCUCUCCGUCGUCGGCUACACCUCCGUCUGCCUCGGCAUCGUCUCCCUCUGCCCCUUCAUCCUCAUGUCCCUAAUUGCAAUCCCCAAAUUCCAUAUUCGCAGAUGCCUUAGCACAGGCGAUAAAGGAGUAAAAAAAGAUUGGAAUCUGUUCUUCAAUACUCUUUUCUGGAAUCUCAAUUUCUGGGACAAUGUUAGUACCCUCGCCGGCGAAGUCGAUAAACCCCAGAAAACUUUCCCCAAAGCCCUAUUUGCUUCCGUUAUUCUCACCUGUUUGGCCUAUUUGAUCCCUCUAAUCGCCGUCACCGGCGCACUUUCCCUCACUCAGGACCAGUGGGAAGACGGAUUCUUCGCCGUCGCCGCUGAUAUGAUCUCCGGAAAAUGGCUCAAAGUGUGGAUCGAAAUCGGAGCCGUUCUGUCGGCGAUUGGACUGUUCGAGGCCCAAUUGAGCAGCUGCGUGUACGAGCUCGUGGGCAUGGCGGAUUUCGGGUACUUGCCCCAUUUCUUCGCUUUCAGAUCCAAAUGGUUCGACACUGCAUGGGUGGGGAUUUUGCUGUCCACCGCGCUGACGUUGGCCGUUCUGUACCUGAGCUUCGAAGACGUGGUGGCAUCGGCGAAUUUCCUGUACAGUUUGGGGAUGCUGCUGGAGUUCGCGUCGUUUCUGUGGCUGCGACGGACGCUGCCGGAGUUGAAACGGCCGUUCCGGGUGCCGAUGAAGCUACCGGCGCUGGUGGUGAUGUGCCUGAUCCCGUCAGGGUUUUUGGUGUUCAUAAUGGCGAUCGCAACGAAGGUGGUUUAUCUGGUGAGUGGGGUGAUGACGGCGGCGGGAAUCGGGUGGUACUUUCUGAUGAAGCUGUGCAAGCAGAAGGAGUGGAUGAGAUUCAGCAAUGGCGAAGUUGAAUUUGGCUGACGAAUUGACACUGAAAAUUUGGGUUUAUCUGAAAUUUUGUCGUGGUUAAAUUGUGAUGAAGACAAUUGGAAGAAGAUGAAGAUUAAUCUUCAUAUCCGUGGCUGAAAAUUGAGGGCAGCGGGACACCUUGUUUGGGAGUGAUUGGGAAAUUGGAAAUGACAGAUGCAAUAUUUUAUAUUUCUUUUUUUGACAAUGUUUGAAUAUUUAAUGUAUCAUAGAUUUCACUUAUUCAAUGUUUCUAAUGUCAUAAUUUGAUUGUAGUGUUGUACUUUUGAUCAAGUUGGUGAGAAGUUUAAACUCCUUCAUGAUUAUAUUUCAAUACUAUAAUAUGUUGUGAGAUGAGAAUCAUGGAAA